UGUUUAACAGAAGACAUGACACCAUGAAGACGACAUAGACGGUACUGAAGAAUGCUUCUCCGAAACCGAUUUCUUUUACUGUCGGCUCUGGCUGCACUUCUGGCCUUCCUAAGUCUUAGUCUGCAAUUCUUCACCAGAUGGUUGCCUGUCAGUAUGCAGCUUAACUCUCAGUCACACAUGCUCCCAGGGUUUCCUGUGCGGUUGAUACCAGCCGGUCCGGGAAGAGGGGAUGGGCUUAGUGCUAAGAACAGGAAGAGGAUCAUGCCUGACCCCCUGACAGAGCCUUCUGCACCCGAUCCACUAUAUGAAGCCAACCUGUACUGUAACACUCCUGGGAUAACAGAGCGGAGUAUGGAAGGCCAUGCACCACACAACUUGAAACUGGUUUCCGUCCAAGUGAUGAUCCGUCAUGGAGACAGGUACCCAUUGUAUGCUAUUCCCAGGACCAAGAGGCCUGAUAUUGACUGUGUGCUGGAGCCAGACAGAAGCCCAUCUCAUCCUAACUUGGCAGAUUUUGUCAGUCACAUGAAUAAAGGUUCGGAAGCACAAAUGGAUGGUACUUUGAGUAGCCUGCCUCGUUUUCCAAGCCAUUCCAUUUGUGAAAUGGGAGAACUAACUCAGACAGGUGUUGUUCAGCAUCUACAGAAUGGACAGAUUCUAAAAGAGAACUACUUAAAGAAGCAUAAGCUGCUACCAAAUGACUGGACCACAAAGCACCUUUAUCUUGAAUCCACUGGAAAGAGCCGGACACUUCAAAGUGGACUGGCCUUACUCUACAGUCUCCUGCCUGGCUUUGAUUGGAAGAAGAUAAACAUUAAACACCAGUGGAGCAGUAUCUUUUGCUCUGGUCACUGUGACUGCCCUAUGAGGAACCACUAUCUAGAGGAAGAGCAGCGUCGCCAGUACAGCUAUCGAGUAAAGAACAGCCAGCUAGAGAAAACUUACAUCAGUAUGGCCAAGGUGGUUGGGGUCCCCACUCGCCAGCUAAGAGCCUCAAACCCCAUUGACUCAUUACUGUGCCAUUUCUGCCACAAUGUAAGUUUCCCCUGCACCAAAAAUGGUUGCAUUGACAUUGAGCACUUUAAGGUCAUUAAGUCUCAUCAAAUAGAGGAUGAAAAGGAGAGACAUGAAAAGCAGCUUUAUUACAAGUAUGCACUACUAGCAACCCACCCCCUUUUAAACCAGACUGUAAACCGAAUGCAGCGCAUAGCUGAAGGCAAAAAGGAAGAAGUUUUUGCCUUAUACUCUGCCCAUGAUGUGACUCUUUCCCCAGUCCUCAGUGCCAUCGGGCUCACAGAAGCCAGGUUCCCACGAUUUGCAGCUCGCUUGGUCUUUGAGCUGUGGCAGAAUUUGGAGAAAGCAAAAGAAUACUUUGUUAGGAUUCUGUAUAACGGGGAGGAUGUCACAUAUCAAACCUCAUUUUGCAGGUCCCUUGACAGGCGCUUAAGUCAGCCAAUGUGUCCUCUUGGGAAGUUUGUCAACUUUGUGAAAAAAGAAAUGUUCUCGGCUCUUAACAGCACUAGUUACUAUGAUGCUUGUCAUCAAAGGCUGUCCUAGACUAGAAUUAACAGCAAGAAGUCUAUUAAUUCAGAUUUACAUCAGCGACCAUGUACAGGAAAUAUCCUUCAUGCUUUAUUAACGUGACAUGUAAAUGUUAAUUUUGUGUUUCUGCACUGUGUUAAACAGGUUUAUGUUGACAGCUUGGAGUGCAUCAGAGCUGCCAAAUGGCCAAUUCAACUGCCAUGCAGUUUCUUUCCUUUACACAAACACAGUGUCACUUAAGUAAUUAAUGAAAGAACAUCAGCCUUAUAUAGAAAGUUCCAAGCAAUGGUUUAAUGUUGAAUUAAAUGAGCUGCAAUGUAGUAUUAUACAAGACCGAUUUAGAGAACGAAUGUAUUAAGCAUAUUUGUGCCUACAUUGU